AUGGAUGCUGAAAAAGCAGAAGCAAUGGCAUUUUAUGCAAUCGAUGAAAAUCCGAAAGAACAAGGUCGAAGUUGCAGUGAUUUUGGUAUACCAUCAACAACAUCUGUUUCUUAUUCAUUUGAAUCAAAAAUAAUCAACAAAGAAGAAGAACUUCGAAUAGGACAAGAAAUGUAUGCAAUGUUGAAUCAAGAUCAACGUUCAGCAGCAGAUGUAAUUCUUGCAGCUCAUCGUAAACAAUCAACCACUGUUGGCUCAUGUUUCUUCAUAGAUGGGUCUGGAGGACAAGACGUCCAUGUUAUGUCAGCUGCUUGGACAGGGAUUGCUGCAAGUUUACUGCCUGAGGAAAGAACUGUACACAGUCGUUUCAAACUUCCUGUCCCUAUCUUAGAAACGUCUACAUUCAACAUUCGGCCGAACAGCAAGGAAGCUGAAGAAAUUAGAAAAACAGAAGUUUUCAUUGGCGACGAAGCACCAAUGGCUCCAUCGUAUGCUCUCAAGGCAGUUGAUAUCUUGCUGAGAGAUAUAAUGAAUAUCAAUGCACCUUUCGGAGGAAAAAUUAUGAUACUUGGUGGAGAUUUUCAACAAGUUCUUCCAAUCAUUCGACUUGCAAACAGAUCAGAUCUAGUUGCAGCAAGUCUCAAAAGUUCUGACUUCUGGCCUUACUUCAAUGUAAUGCAUCUACACCAGAAUAUGAGAACAGGGCCAGGUGAAGAAAAGUUCUCAAAAUGGCUUAUUAAACUUGACAAUGGUGAAUUAACAUCAAACGAAUAUGUCGAAAUCGAAUUGCCUAACUCCUGCAUGUUACACUAUAAUUUGGUCGACGAGAUAUUUGGCCAAUAAAUUUCUAUAGAAGAUGUUCUAUCUCUAUGCAACAGAACAAUUCUCUGUCCCAAAAAUGAACAUUCUCUCCUGGUAAAUGAAGAAGUUCUUCGACGGCUACUCGGAAUAGAAAAACUGUACACAAGUGUGGAUGAAGAAGAGUGUGAAGAUGGUGAUGAUGCAAACAACUAUCCCACAGAAUUUUUGAAUAGCAUCACACCAUCAGGAAUGCCUCCUCAUAAACUUAAACUAAAGAUCGAUACAAUUGUUAUGUUUCUUCGCAAACCUCGAUGUUCAUCAAGGUCUAUGCAGCGGAGUUCGGCUCAUUGUACGACGUUUACAAAAUCACAUGAUUGAUUGUGAAGUCGCAACUGGCUGUAACAAAGGAAGCCGAGUUCUAAUACCAAAAAUUACAAUGACAUCGUCUGAUACAUUUUUACCUUUUAAAUUACGUAGACAUCGAUUUCCUAUUCGACUCUCAUUUGCUAUGACAAUUAAAAAAUCACAAGGACAGACAUUUCAACGAUUAGGACUACUUCUACCACAACUAGUUUUCAGCCAUGGGCAACCAUACGUUGCGGGUGUGGGUGUGGGGUGGGUGUGGGUUUGUGGGUGUGGAGUGUGGGUGUGGG